ACCGCGCCGCCGCUGGCUUCUCCUAUACGGGAAGACUGGCGCGCACCGCCACGGAGCCUCUCCCUGCCAAAUACGCCGCACCCGGAUCGUGACCCGUUGACGCUCCCGCGCUCCUGGUACGACGCGGAGGGACGUAUACAGCUGCCGCCUCCCGUACCGUCGCGGCGCCAGUCGUUUGCGCCGGCCGGACAGCCUACGCUCCCCAGCAAGUGGAUCCACGAAUAAUCGCGGGUCUAAUGCUCGCUAUUGGUCUCCUUCCUGCCUGUCGCUGUCACCCUGCACUUGCGGGUCGCUUACCUGUGCCCACCCGUUCGUUAAUUUAUCCGGUCCACCCCAGUCUUUCCUAUCCAAGAUCUCUCCCCAUCUCACCAUACCUUACAGCGCACCCUAAAUUUGUAGCAUUACUGUUGUCCUGGCGGGCUGCCCUCUAUAAUUCGCGAAUGGUCCGUCUGGCUGUUGUUUGUUGGUCAUAAGGGCGCCUCGCGCCCGCUCGAUGGGUACUGGAGUUGCGCUACCCCCUGACGUGUUACAGCUCGCGGACCUAGCUAGUCUACUACUGGCCGCGUUGUGCGACACGUCUGGCUUUUUCUUUGUGGAUACAUACUACCAUGGUUCAAGACACUACUGGAAUACUCAAUCUGUCGCAUUGCUUUCUACCCAGUACAUUACCUUUGUGCUUUCGUCUUCCUCAAUGUAAUCUUUCGUGAACUGUGC